AUGAAAUACUACUACAGCGACGGCGAGGAAUCGUAUAAUUCGUAUGACGAUGACGACAGCGAGAAUUACUCCAGCAGCGUGGAAGACGACGCCAUGGAUGAGGAUGAGUCCUGCCAAAGCGACGGCGACGACGUCGGAGGCGACGUCGUCAGCGACAACGACGAUGAUAUGCCGCAGGCCGCCGAGAGAAACGAUAAGGGCUACAUUUUCGAGACCGAGGCGGACGUGCGCAAGCGUCAAGACGAGGUCACGGCGAGUGUUUCCGAGCUGCUGUCGGUCCCGUGGGGGUUGGCCGCCGUCUUCCUGCGGCACUGCCGGUGGGACGCCGAGCGGCUGGAGAACGAGUGGUUCGCCGACGAGCGGCGCGUCCGCGAGGCCGUCGGCCUGACGGCGGAGCAGGGCGACGCCGCCACGUCGGUCAACGACCGGCCGCUCACCUGCGCCAUAUGCUUCGACGUCCACUCCGCCGGCGAGAUGAUCUCGGCGGGCUGCGCGCACUACUACUGCCGCGAGUGCUGGGGCGGCUACAUCCACGCGGCGGUGGGCGACGGCGCGCGGUGCCUGGUGCUGCGGUGCCCGGACCCGAGCUGCGGCGCGCCCGUGACGCGGGAGCUGGUGCGCGAGGUCUUCGCCGCCGGCGAGGACGACGACGACGACAGGGCGCGGUACGAGGCGUUCGUGGUCCGGUCGUACGUGGAGGAAGGCACGAGCAAGUACGUCCGGUGGUGCCCCGGGCCCGGGUGCACGCUGGCGGUCCGUGCCGAGCCCGGGUCGGCGCCGUACGAGGUGGCGUGCUGCAAGUGCAGGCACGUGUUCUGCUUCCGGUGCGGCGAGGAGGCGCACCGGCCGGCGUCGUGCGGGACGGCGCGGGAGUGGGUGACCAAGAACAGCUCCGACGGGGAGAACGACAACUGGGUGGUGGCCAACACGAAGCACUGCCCCAGCUGCCGGGUGGCGAUCGAGAAGAACCAGGGGUGCAACCACAUGACGUGCGCCGCGCCCUGCCUCCACCAGUUCUGCUGGAUCUGCCUCGGCGCGUGGUCGGAGCACGGCGGCAACUACUACCACUGCAACCGCUACGUGGCGCACGCGCCGGAGAACGCCAGGGAGGAGGAGCGGCGGGAGCACGCCAAGGCGUCGCUGGAGAGGUACAUUCACUUCUACGAGCGCUGGGCGGCGCACGGCUCGUCGAUGAAGAAGGCGCGGGAGGACCUCGAGCGGCUGGAGGGCGGGGCGCUGGCGGGUUUCGCCGAGGCCAACGGCGUGUCGCAGGCGGAGCUGGGCUGCCUGGAAGAGGCGUUGGCGCUGAUCAUGGAGUCCCGGCGGGUGCUGAGGUGGACGUACCCGUUCGUGUACUACAUGGACCCGGUGCGCGACGGCAAGAAGAUCGAGCUGUGCGAGCACAUCCAGGGCGAGGCCGAGGACUCGCUGGAGAAGCUGCACAAGUGCGUCGAGAGCGAGUGGGACGAACUGAAGGUGACAGCCGCCGCCCCUGGCGCUGAGUUCGACGCCGCCACUGCCGCUGUGUUCGCCGCAGCGUUUAAGGAGUACAUGUUGAAACUGUUUGUCCUCAACACGGCGACGCGAAACCACUUGAAAAUGCUCGUGGAGGGCUUCGAGUCCGGCCUGCCCGAGUUCGAAGGCACCUUGUGA